UACAUUACUAACUACAAUUUUCAUAAAGUAAUCUGUAAUGGACUAACAUUUGUAAGGAAAAAAUAUAAAAAAAAUAUAAAAAUGGGGCAGCCACUGUUGCACUUUAAAUGUGAUGCAUUUGUUAGAGUAUGAAUGUAGGAUGUUAGAAUAUGCUGUUGGUUUUAUUGCAGGGCUGUUUUAUUGACGUUCACAAGGAGACAUGAGGAAGUGCAGCCCAUGGGUGUUUCUGCCUGUAAUGUUUUCUUUCUUCACAGCUGCUGGUCUCUGGGUGGUGUAUUUCAUUGCUGUGGAGGAUGAGAAAAUCACCCCACUCAGUGCAGAGUACAAGAGGUCAGAAUCGAAAUCUCCUCCAUAUAUCAGCAUCGCAGGCAAUGCUCCACCUGCCAGCUGUGUGUUCAGUCAAGUCAUGAACAUGGCAGCCUUUGUAGGCUUCAUUCUGGGAGUGCUGCGAUAUCUGCAGCUGAAGCCGAGAGUGCAUAAACCCUGGCUCAACAUCGGCAGUCUGGUGGCUUUGUCUCUUGCCUGCUUUGGUAUGACUUUAGUUGGGAAUUUCCAGCUGUCCAACGAUGAGGAGCUGCACAACAUUGGCACGUCCAUGACCUUUGGCCUAGGAACACUGUUCUGCUGGGUCCAGUCUUUCAUGACCCUAAAGGUCAACCUGAGGAAUGAAGGCAGGCGAGCAGGAAUCCCUCGCUUCCUGUUGUCCGGAGCUGUAACUUCCUGCAUGCUGCUUUGUAUCCUUUUUCCUUCCAUCGUAAGCUCACUUAACUAA